UGUUGCCCACGAUUUUCUUGGCAGCCUGAUGCAGUUUGAGAUCAACAGAAACCAGCACUACAGUAAUUUAGCCAGUUACAUAAAAAAACUUUAAGUUGGAUAAGAAAUUAGCUAUACAGUUGCUGCUGUAACAAUAAAAGCCUUGUUGCCAAAAGAUACUAAACUGCAGAAAUCGAUAUUAGUAACUGAUAGUAGUAAAUGGAUGUUACUACCCCAAUGAAAUUGGAUGCUAUUGAGAUUUCUCCCAAAAAAUUAACAUUCCGAGGUUGUGAAAAUGCAGUUAAAGAUUUGAGAAAAAAAUUACGUAAAUUUUUUAACGAAGCAGAUGGACAUGGAUCGCUACUGCGCAAGCCACCGUCAAGGAUGAUAACACCCCAAUAUUUUAUAACUCCUAACGUAAUAUCAUGUUAUCCAAUUAAACGCAUGGACUGGAUUGCUUUUGUUAAUGUAAACAAUUACAAAAAGUGUUUUUCACCUAGUGAUGAUGCCGUUCUCGUGCAGAGAUCCCAUGUUUUAAUGAAUACAACACGAUAAAACAUAGAUUAAUUGUAGGUAACAUGCAUAAUCACAGAACUGUAAGUGAUAGCUUGUUUUAAUGUAAUAACAGUAAAU